AUGUCGGAGUCUACAGAUAUAACAGAUUACCAUAGUGUCAACGAGUCUUUUUUGCCGUCUUCCUCUCCACAAAGAUCAAACAAGGACGUUUAUACAACAGCUGCUGAAGAAGAAUCACAACGAAAAGGUUCUUCAAGUGAGAUUGCAAAUGCUGAUCUUUCGGAUGAGAUCGAGAUCAUUGAAGUGGAAGAAUUUCCAAGUGGAGAUGUCCACCCGGAAACUUCCAGAGUGCUGGAACCUAAAGAGUUGAAAGAAGAACCCUCCACUGAUACCCUGAAGGCCAAUUCAAGCCCCUAUUUGAAAGAGGCCGAACAACCAGAAGAGCAUAAGAACCAGGAAAUGACAGAGAGCGAAAAACCUCUGUUGGUAGAACCGAAGGAAAAAGAAAUACAAGUAUCAAUACCUCAGACAAAUAGUAAAGAGACAACUCCAUCUCCAGAAAAGAGCAGGGAGAAGGCAUCGACCAUCAGUCCUUCACAGAAAAGGAAGGAAGAGUUUUUCAAUGAUGAUUUCUUUGUUUUAGCAGCACCUUCAAAGAAGAAAAAAAAAUCCAAGAAACAUAAAAAGACUAAAGCUCUGGAUAUUGAAACGUUGUUUCCACAAAUUAGUGUAAAGAAAGAUGCUAGUGAGACUACAGAAACUGAGACUCCUAAAGAACCCAAAUCACCCGAAAAGCUCGAAACAGAAUCACCCAAACAAUCCCCAAUGCUCUCGGAAUCGAAAUCACCUAUAAGGCGACAUGGCUCCAUUACUCCACCACCAGUUAUUGAUAAAUCAGCGUUCACAACCUCGGCGAAUGAUGAUUUGAAUUUAAAACUUCAAAGUUUACUGAACAAUAUCGAUCUGGAUGACGACUUCUUUAAUGAUGAAAUUGAAGAAUUCAGACCCAGCAAUUUGGUUGAUUCCAACGGAUAUUCUUUUGAUGACGAACACGAGAAAAAGAGACAAUAUAUUUUAAGAAUUAUAAGCAAAAUACCUGGAAUGAGUGGAAUGCCCCUCGAUCUUAGUUUAGACUUUGCAACUAAGGGUAGCAAAAACUUUAGCAGAAUUUUUGAAUCAUCAUUACUGCAUUUCAAAACGAAGUUUCUUUCAGAACCAACAUUUCAGCCGGAGUACUAUACCGCAGAACAAACUGCAUUUAUCUGGAUUGAAGGGAGAAUGGAGAUACGUCCGUUCUAUAAGCCAAGCACACUAAGAAUAUCUCCUCCCAACACAGUUGACUACGAAGAUUCAAUUCCUCCGACCUUAGUUACAAUUUUGUUGAUUCCUAAGAUGCAUACCAAGGACUAUAUGAAGAUCUAUCCCGAGUUUAGCAAAUCAAGUUUGAGCCUAGAUGAUUCCGAGCUUUCGAAGGAAAUUGAUAAACUCGAACAACGCGAAAAGCAUAGCAUAGAAGACGAUAGUGAUUCAUUAUUUGAUGAAGAUGAGGUCAUAGAGAAUAAUAAUCCUGAAGUUGUAUCUGCUGAAGUGCAAUCCGCGGAUAAUUAUUUUGUUAUUGGACUAAAAGGCUCAGACAAUAAGAGAGUUGAAGUUCAAGUUUCACCAGAUACAAAAAUCGAAAAGUUGCUUGAAUAUUACAUAAAAGUCAAGAAACUCGAAAAUAUCGAUUUGAAUAAAGUAAGGCUUAUAUUUGAUGACGAGCCCUUAGACUUGAAUGGUCUUGUUGGAGAUACCGAAUUAGAGGAAGAUUUUGAAGUCCAAAUUGUUUUAUAAACAAAACAAAUCGAAC